AUGGCGUUUGAAGCGCAGUUCGCAGAGAUCGAAGACAAGUCCUGUCACCUGCUGAGCUGCUGCUGCUGGGGCCUUUCCUGCACAUCGUGUGACGACCCAUGCUGCAUCGACAAGCACAAGUGCUGCUGCAUGUCCGGCGGGAUUACGUCGGGCGAGGAGUGUGUUGGUCAGAAGGGAUGCCUGACGUCGCUUGCGAAGGCGUGCUGCUGCGUUCAGUCGUGCUCCUUGAACAACAUGGCCAUAGGCUGCUGCGGCGUCUUCAUCCUGGGCCGACCCUACGGCGAGGGUCGUCUGGUUGACGAUCGGGAGUCCGCCUUCAUGCAGGAGGUGUUCUGGUGCUACUACUGUCUCUGCGGAGGCACAGGCUGUGGACCAGCCAGUCCGCGCCUUGCACGCACUUGGUCCUUGCAGCCGCUUUCUGUGGCUCCACUCCUGUAA